CACGCAUCGGUUUGUCCAUGUCAACGCCAAAAUAAAACGGGUAGGAAACUUUUCAUGUGACCCAUAGGUAGAAAAACACAUGGCGGCGAAGACGCGGCGUGGCAACCGGAGGCUUUGUUCGCCGGGGCUGUGAUGUUCGCUCGGUGUAGCGUUUUUAAAAAGCACCGGGGGCUGUUUUUUUUUUUGUUGUUUUUUUUGUCCUCCCUCCCCUCCCCUCCCCCCCCUCCCUCCCUCCCUCCUCUCUUCUUUCUUCUUUCUCCUGGGGUCGCCCCGGGGCUGCAGCUAACUAGCAACCGGGUGUAAGAAAGCGGAGAAGACGCCGGUCUGAACGGGAGCCUAUCCGCCUACACAGACCUAUGCGACGGCUAGCAGGUGAGUGAUGGAGACAAGAGAGUUGACCGUGGUAGCUGGCAGCUUCGUGGGUUUCCAGCUCCUCUUCUCGGUGGUCAGCCCGCGGCUCUCCUCCGCCGUCUCGCCGGGGUACGGCCGGCUGCCUCCCACCAAGCUCAACGAGUGGAACUCCAGGUUGGUGUCGACCGUGCACGCCUUGAUCGUGGGAUUGUUCUGUUUGUACAUCUUGUGGUUCGAUGACGCGGUCAACGCCAACCCUGUCUGGGGCGACCCCAGUCUCGUCAAACUGAACGUAGCCAUAACCUGUGGUUACCUUGUUUAUGACCUUGUGCUGCUGGCGUGUAACUGGAGCACGAUGGGGGACAGCUUUUUUGUCUGCCACCACUUGGCGGCGCUCUAUGCCUACGGAUACGUGCUGACACGUGGCGUGCUUCCCUACUUUGCCAAUUUCCGUCUAAUUUCAGAGCUGUCCACGCCGUUCGUGAACCAGAGGUGGUUCUUCGAGGCGUUGAAGUUCCCCCGCUCGCACCGGAUGGUAGUGCUAAACGGCGUCGCCAUGGCUGUGGUGUUCUUCCUGGUGCGCAUCGCCGUCAUGCCGUCCUACUGGGUGAGCGUGUUCGCCACUUUCGGCACCGCCGACUUCGAGCGGCUGGGUUUGGGCGCCCAGGUGGCCUGGAUCACCUCCUGCAUCGCCCUGGACAUCUUGAACACUAUCUGGAUGUAUAAGAUCUCCCGCGGCUGCUACAAGGUGAUGACGGGGAGGGGGGGCCGAAAGGUUAAGGAGGGAGCGGAGGCGGCGGCGUCCUCCUCCUCGGACAAGAAGCACGCCAACAACCACACGGACUAAAAAGGAUAUGCAGGCACAGACGUGAGCAGGAAGGGAGGCUGGAGGCCCAGGAACUUGCAGCCUCCUCUUUUUGCUACAUCCUCAGCGUCCCCUCCCACUCCCACCCUCAGUCUCAGCCCUUGAUCUCCCAGUAGUCGGCCGGCGGACUGGACCCGGCGUCCUCAGGUUCUGGCCGACGCGAGACAAGGAGCUCUUUGACUCACUCAAGCACCAGCGUUUGCAGCCUCACUGACUAGUAUCCAGAUUAGUAUCCUGCUGGGUGAUAGCUGUCGGUCGCAGACGACAAGGUAGAGCUCACAAGCACAGUUUUAACACCGCCUGUUACUCACCUCUCCCGUUCACCGCCACCUCCUCCUCCUCCUCCUCCGCCGCCGCCACUACAGCCGCCGCCGCCGCCGCCGCCCCUCUCUCAUCUCCCCUCAAGCCUCCUCUCACACUCAGCCAAAGCCCAAUCCUCUGAAGUGCCUGUGGAAAACAGGAAAGCAAUAACAGCGGAGGAGUAAAGGUCACUAAGUCAAACAAGAGUUCAGCCCCUUCAGAAGACGCCGCCGCUCCCGAGCCGCCGUCUCUCGUCCCCGUCCCCCCCUCCCGUCCACGCUCGAGAAGACCCGGGAGCGCGAGGGACUCUCACAUCAGACCCGCGUGGUGUUUGUCGAUCUAUAGGGCUCUUGUCUUAAACUCAUCAAACCUCACAAAAAGAGACAGAAAAACACCAUAAUGCCUCUUCAACAGUAUCACCUGCUGUGGCCUCCGUGUAAACAAGUGGCGCCUAUCUCUAUCACCAGCCAUGCCCCUCCAAACUCUUUCUAAUUCGGAUUACGUGAUCAGAACGCUAGGAAUAUGCACGCGGGAGAGGCGAAGACGCCCCCCGACGUCCUUUGUGUCUCGCAGGACAGGUUUUGCCUCGUCAGUAUUCACCUCGUCGGCAUCGCUGUUGUUUUUUUUUUUGGUUUUUACGUCCAUUGCAACCCUCUGCCUCACUGGGUAGGGCUCCGCUAUCCAGCUCAAACGUUUUCGUUCUACCUCUCCCCCCUGCCUUACAAAAGACGUCGUCCGUUCCGUCCUCAUGAGUUCAAUCUGCAGCUUUUUUCUUUCUUUCUUUUUCUUUUUUUUUUUUUGUGAUUUUCAUCCUUCAAAUUGCUGUCUGCCCAUGCAUUCUGCUCAUCUCCAGCCGAUGAAACAGAGCGGCACCACUUACAUCACAAACUGUGUCCAGUCAGUGUAAACUCCCCCAGAGGCAUUUUCUUCUUCUUCUUCUUCUACUUCUAUUUAUCUCAACCCUAAUCGAGGAACCGAGUUGGGAAAAGUUCCAUUUAUUAUUUUGUCCACAUGUUGUUGCACAGCGUGGCGUGCAGUCUGUACACUGUAUCAGGUGCCCUUAAAAAAAAAAAAAAAGCAAACAAACAAACAACUAAACCACCACCAUGGUGCUCGUCCUUUUGCAGAAUGUCAGCAACGGGAAUGCUAGCAAUAUUUCUUUUUCCCUCCCCCCCAAAGUCCCCCAUCGAAUAAUCAUUCAGACGAUCUGCGAUAACGAAACGCAUGUUUUAUUUCUCUGUGUAUACUGUAUAUCAUCACUGUAGCGCAUGGUACGACCGACGUACUCCUGUGAUGCCUUAGUGAAUAAUAGUCGAGGUAGAUGAACAACAUCUAAAUAUUAAUCACAUUAAUCAAAUGCUUAAAAAGGGGUCUGUCUUCCGGAAUAUGGUUUCCCUCUCAGAGCAUACUCGAAGCAUGUACGUGUUGUAGUUUGGAUUAUUUCUCUCCGCCCUGCACGUCUGUACAGCGUACUGUAUGGCUAACUCACAUGUUACCACAUUCUCUCAUGUGGCAGCCGGCAUUACUUGGUUUUAUUCAUUAAUUCUUCUCUGCUGUCUGCAGACUCUAACAGUUACAUAGCUGAUAUAUCACAGCGGACAGAAACACAGGGGCUGUUGGAGAGAGUAUACUUGCAUGUUUUCCGCGCGUUUUCCGCUUUGCUUAAAAAAGCGGCGUUACAGCGGUUUAGCGAUGUCGGACGCGUUUUUCAAAAAGCGGGUGCAGCUGAACUGGAGAUUUGAGUCAGGUUACUUGUCAAGUGUAGCACAAAUGUUGACAAAAACAGAAAAAGUGGCAUAUGAAUUGUGAAUUUUUCCUUUUGAGGAAUGUUAAUUUUUUCAUCGCUUCACACAGAAUUGAUAUUUGUCUCCGAAGCGAUUGUGACAUUUCAAAAAAUUUUUCCGUUUUACUGAACUUAAACAUGGCUGAAAUCGCCGUGAUGUCACCUGAAGGAUUCUUGAAGAGCGGUUUUCGAAGCUCAGUGCGGUGGCUCCAGUCGUCGCCAUCUUGCUAAUUCAAAAAUGAGCAAAUAAGCGAAACUGAGCAGGCGCGGGAUAGACAGCUAGCGACCUAGCUUAUUAUACGUAACUUUUUAGUUUUGAGUUCUACAAAAAAAAAUUAAAAAUUACCCAAAACAUGAAUGGAGAAAUUGGCUAAACAGACAAAAAAGUUUAUGGGAACUGACUCAGUUGUGGAGCCAGCCUCAAGUGGCCAUUCGAGGAACUGCAGUUUUUGGUAAUUUUUUUUUUUUGUUUUUUUUGUUUUUUUUCGCACCGGUUUCAUUUUUCAGACCUGGAGCUUGCCCCUUGGUUUCCACUCCUAUUUUGUGAAUGGAAGGGCACUUAAUUAAUCACGCAUGCAUCAAUCUGCCUUGAACGCUAACCGUUUGAGUUCAUUAUGCUACUAGCGUCUAACGCAGCUUGGUAAUGCCAAAUAGGGAUGAGGCGUGAGCUCCAGAGGUCUGGUAAUAGUGCAGACGUAUCGCUUUCAUCCCGACUCAGGUAACAUUUCUUGAGGCAGUCUGUCUGUUUGUUUUGGAGCCGAGCUUUUAUUUUGACACCGCCGGCUGAUCAAAUAGCCUCUGAUUGUCUCAUAUUAGUCUUUGCAUCUCUAGUUCUAAUAGUCUGAGAAUGUCCGGUGGUAUUUUCACUGUGGAAAUAGAUAAAGCACACUCCCCGAGGAGCAGUAAACGCUGUGAUCUCCUGUGUUUCUGUCUGUCACCACAUCGGAGGGGCUACAGUAUCUUGUGCCUUUACACGAAAAAAAAAACCAACAGUGGAUGUGAUGCAGUCGGAUUUGGAUUCGCAUGAACUUUCUAACGUGUUACCAAGUGAUUAUCUCCUAUACUCGUGUGUAUAUAUUUUUCUAUAACCUGCCUGCACAAUGAUUAAUCCGGCCAAGUAUUAUAAUCCAAAGCGUAUCCCUCACAGGGAGCCUGUUUUGCGUAGCUCUCCUGAAUGUUGUGAUGGGUAACUUAGUGGCAUUAAGAUCUCACGAGAUGAUGGCGAAUGGAAAUAUAUAUUUUUUACAUGAGCUCUUUAGACGUAGUUUAUGGGAAGGCUAACAUCUCACUUCUCCGGCCUCCUAAACUCAAAGCUGUGAAUAUUCAGAGAAACUAAAGAUUGCGGGAGACGACUUUUCCGGAGACCUCUGGUCUCUUUGCACAAAGUUGAAAGUACAGAUAUAAAACUUUACUGUAUGUUGCGCGACCCGGAUGUCGGCAAACUGGACACACAAGAGUUUUUGUACUCGUCAGGGUUUUCUACAGAAUAUAUUCCAAGAUCUGAUAUUUGUCUCACGCACUCAGAGGCAGUUUGGAAAUUGACAGUUUAAAAAAAAAAAAGAAGAAGAAGAAGAGUUUGAUUUGGCUGCUAUUACAAGGCCAUGAUCUGUGAUAUGUAUCUUAUUAUCAGGUUAGAACAACCAAAUUGCCUCUGGUUAUUUGAAGAGGCCGCUGUUCAUUAUAUCAAGUAAUAACAAACAUUUAAAUAUAUCUCAAAAAGGUAUAUACAUAUAAAUAUGUAUGUAUAUUCGAAUCACCUUAAUACUCCAUCCUGUGAUGUGAAUAAUUGCACCCGAAAUUGGUAUUUAAAAAGAAUAAUUUAUAGGUUUUUCUUAAAUGUCCUGAUUUCAAAUGUGAUCCAAGGCGUACAGCGAACUAAAUCUCAAGGAUGACAACGUUUGUAUAAUAGGAAAAAAAAAGGUUGAUUGUAUGAACUGAUAAUCAAAUGACUUGCCAGUUUUCUUCUUUUCUCCUGUGAAUGACUCAUUCGAGGUGGCUUCCGUCUCCUCCUCGUCUUUUAAUGCAAUGCAAUUUCUUGUUCUACUCUUUUCUUUUGUUUGUUUGUUUGUUUCUUUUCUUUUUUUCCCCUCCGGAGAUUUUAAUGUGAAACAGGCGACACUAUACGCAGACGACGUCGUCCUCGUCGCCGUCUGAGCAUUUACCUUGUGACUCGGGGUCUGUUGUCGUCGUCGUUGUUGUUGUUCUUGUUGUCUACGAUGACCACUACUAAUGAUCACGUUAAUUGUAGUGCUGAAAGCUGAGACUUACUUGAAAGUGUUGUUCUUCAAUAAAGUUGAAGACGAGAGAAAAAUGGA